UUUGUUCAAGCCGAAGAAGACACGAGGCGACUGCUGCUGAGCCACGUGUGGUUCGUCACUUAGUUGUAGUUUGUCAGUCUUCCACCGCAGACCUACAGCUCUUUAACACCCACAAUGGACGGCAUGGACGAGGAAACAAUGGCACCACAGACGUUUCUUUACGGCUGCGUGUUGGAGGCUGGAAAAGACGUGGAGUUCAAUCCCGAUGAUGACGACUUUGAGCAUCAGCUAGAUCUCAGGAUGGCCUGUGUGGACUCCACCACAAAAGAUGUACUCCACACAGUGGAAGUGGAAGGACAUGACGCAGAGGGUCAGAAAGUCACAGCAGUCCUGGUCUCGCUUAAACCUUCGACCCUGCCAAGUGUUUGUCUCGGGAGUUUCACAAUCACACCGCCUGCAGUUUUCCGUCUGAAGGCUGGUUCUGGUCCAGGUCCAAUCCAUAUCAGUGGACAACACCUCGUCAUGAUGGACGCUGAUCAGUCUUUUGAUGAAGAUGAUGAGGAGGAGGAAGAAGAGGAGGAGGGUGAGGGUGUGACGGCGUCAAAGAAAAGACCCGCGUCCUCUCCUGCACUUAAAUCUCUGAAAAAAAUGAAAAUGGACGUCGACGACGAUGAUGACGAGGAUGAGGACGACGACGAUGAUGAGGAGGAGGAGGAGAGCGAGGAGGAAGAAUCACCCGUUAAGGCCAAACCAACCAAACAGUCAGCGGCUCAGAACGGCAAGAGUUCAAAACCCAGCACACCAGCAAAGCAGAAUAAAGGCAAAGGCGAGAAGUCCCCCAAAACCCCACCUACUCCCAAAGCAAACCUAACACUUCCUGAGAUUAAAGCCAAGUUAAUGGAGGCAGUGAAGAAGGGAGUGACAUUACCUAAACUCCAGCCUAAGUUUGAGAACUUUGUGAAGAACGGAUAUAAAGUCUCAGAUGCCAAGAAUGUUGCCGAGCUGUGGAAGUGGAGACAGGCACUGAAGGAAACUAAAUAACAGCCCGAAUAAACGCCAUUAGUUUUAUCGUCUCUUUUUAUGACUUCUUUAUAUCCAUAGCACCUCGUAAAACCCUCAAAAAGCCAAACUCAAAUCCCUUCCACUUGUCAUGAAUCUGUUCCGUCUAAUCCAGCUCGAGCUGCGCCCUGUAUGAAAAGACGGGAUCAGCAGUGAUGUGGAUGGUGACGGUUAACUCUCACAGGGCCAGAGAAAUCCAUCCAUUUGUUGAAUAAAUGAGAACCAACUUUCAAAAUCUGAAGCUUUGUAAAUGUGUAAAUAAAAUUGUCGCCACAUUUUCAGGAGCACUUGUAUGCACGGACAAUAAAACAUGUAUCUGUCCAUUACAUGACAGAAUAAGGACAAAUAAGAAAGCAUUUUCCCAUUCAUUGAAUGCAGCUGAUGUCCAAUAGGGGUAAAAACUUAUUGAGUGACUGAAUGAAAGAAUUUGCAAACAAAUUUUUAUGAGUCGCCUAAAACUUUGCACGACUGCGUUGCAUGUAUCGUCCAGAAGUAAAAGCCCUCUUGUCAUCGAAGUUAACAGAAUCGGCACAUGAUGUCAUAUUUGUUCAAGUUGGGUGAAGUGUGUCUGUGCUUCACCCAGCAUCAUUCCAUGUUUACACGAAACGACUUUGUCAGACUUGAUUAUGCGUUGGGUUUGGAUGGACUCUUCCCAGAUUGAUGAAAUAAAACGUAUAAUGUGGA